GGCCAGGGCGGCGAAGGGGGCUACAAGAUGGCGGACCUGGAGGCCGUGCUGGCCGACGUGAGCUACCUGAUGGCCAUGGAGAAGAGCAAGGCCACGCCGGCGGCGCGGGCCAGCAAGAAGAUCCUGCUGCCCGAGCCCAGCAUCCGUAGUGUCAUGCAGAAGUACCUUGAAGACCGAGGGGAAGUGACCUUUGAGAAGAUUUUCUCCCAGAAGCUUGGCUACCUGCUCUUCAGAGACUUCUGCCUGAACCACAUGGAGGAGGCCAAGCCCCUGGUGGAAUUCUAUGAUGAGAUCAAGAAAUAUGAGAAGUUAGACUCAGAGGAGGAUCGUGCCAUCAAAAGCCGAGAGAUCUUUGACUCGUACAUCAUGAAGGAGCUGCUGUCCUGCUCCCACCCUUUCUCCAAGAGUGCCACUGAGCACGUACAGGGCCGGCUCCUAAAGAAGCAGGUACCCCCUGACCUAUUCCAGCCAUACAUUGAGGAGAUUUGCCAGAGGCUUCGGGACGACGUGUUCCAGAAAUUCAUUGAGAGUGAGAAGUUCACUCGGUUUUGCCAGUGGAAGAAUGUGGAACUUAACAUCCAUCUGACCAUGAAUGACUUCAGCGUGCACCGAAUCAUCGGCCGUGGCGGCUUUGGGGAGGUCUACGGCUGCCGGAAAGCCGACACGGGCAAGAUGUACGCCAUGAAGUGUCUGGAUAAAAAGCGUAUCAAGAUGAAGCAGGGGGAGACGCUGGCCCUGAACGAGCGCAUCAUGCUUUCUCUCGUCAGCACCGGGGACUGUCCCUUCAUCGUCUGCAUGUCCUACGCGUUCCACACUCCCGACAAGCUCAGCUUUAUCCUGGAUCUCAUGAAUGGCGGGGACCUACACUACCAUCUGUCCCAGCACGGGGUCUUCUCGGAGUCAGACAUGCGCUUCUACGCCGCCGAGAUCAUCCUGGGCCUGGAGCAUAUGCACCGGCGAUUUGUGGUGUACCGUGACCUGAAGCCUGCUAACAUUCUGCUGGAUGAGUUUGGUCAUGUGCGCAUCUCUGACCUGGGCCUGGCCUGUGACUUCUCCAAGAAGAAGCCUCACGCCAGCGUGGGUACCCACGGCUACAUGGCGCCCGAGGUCCUGCAGAAGGGCGUCGCCUAUGACAGCAGCGCCGACUGGUUCUCUCUGGGCUGCAUGCUCUUCAAACUACUGAGAGGGCACAGCCCCUUCCGCCAGCACAAAACCAAGGACAAGCAUGAGAUCGACCGCAUGACGCUGACGAUGGCCGUGGAGCUGCCGGAGUCCUUCUCACCAGAAUUACGCUCCCUCCUGGAAGGACUGCUACAAAGGGAUGUCAACCGGAGGCUGGGCUGCCUCGGCCGCGGGGCUCAGGAGGUGAAGGAGGCCCCUUUCUUUAAGAGCGUGGACUGGCAGAUGGUUUUACUGCAGAAGUAUCCGCCACCUCUGAUCCCACCGCGAGGCGAGGUGAACGCUGCUGACGCCUUUGACAUCGGCUCUUUCGAUGAGGAGGAUACAAAAGGGAUCAAGCUGCUGGACAGUGACCAGGAGCUGUAUCGAAACUUUCCCCUCACGAUCUCGGAGCGGUGGCAACAAGAAGUGGCCGAGACGGUCUUUGACACGGUCAACUCUGAGACGGACCGGCUGGAGGCCCGGAAGAAGGCCAAGAACAAGCAGCUGGGCCAUGAGGAUGAUUACGCCCUUGGCAAAGACUGCAUCAUGCAUGGCUACAUGUCCAAGAUGGGCAACCCCUUCCUCACCCAGUGGCAGCGGCGUUACUUCUACCUGUUCCCCAAUCGGCUUGAGUGGCGGGCCGAGGGCGAGGCACCGCAGAGCCUCCUGACCAUGGAGGAGAUUCAGUCGGUGGAGGAGACCCAAAUCAAAGAGAGGAAAUGCAUCCUGCUGAAGAUCCGAGGCGGCAAACAAUUCAUCCUGCAAUGCGAUAGUGACCCGGAGCUGGUUCAGUGGAAGAAGGAGCUGCGGGACGCCUGCCGAGAGGCCCAGCAGCUGGUGCAGCGGGUCCCCAAGAUGAAGAACAAGCCGCGAUCGCCCGUAGUGGAGUUGAGCAAGAUGCCGCUGACGCAACGGGGCAGUGCCAAUGGCCUCUGACCCCUGGCCCCGCCUAGCCGCCUGCCCCUGCCCAACCUUUUAUAAACCUCUAAUUUAUUUUGUGGAAUUUUUAUUAUUUUUUUCCCGCCAAGCGGAAAAGGUUUUAUUUUAUAAUUAUUGUGAUUUCCUGUGGCCCUGCCUGGCCCUGUGGAAGGGGCCCGCUUGUCCCCUACACCUCCUCUUCCCACGGCCAUCUAGCACCACUGCUCUCACUUCACCCCUGGGACGAUGAGGUGGCCGUCUCUGUGUCUUUCUAGCGGGGACCAGGCAGGGUUGGAUCUGGGGAAAGGCCUUACCCCUUUCCUGGGGCGGGAGAAGACAGUCCAGUUCUCCCCCCUCCCGUCUCCCGUGGACAGGAGUGGACAAGGCCACAUGGUCUCAGAUGCCACCUGGGCACCCCAGCAGACUGAGCCGUGCGUGUGCCCACGCUGCCCCAGCCGUCGCGUCCCCGCAGUUGUAUCUGCUAGGAGAGCUAGCGGGUCAAGGGGCCCCUUAACUGUGCCACUCAGGGCUUCGGUCACGGGAGCUCGCAGGAUCGGGGUCCUACCUGAAGCUCUCCACCACAGUGCCCUGAUAGGACUGCUGCCCGAGCGCCCCUACAAAAGUCAGGGGAUCUGCCUUUGCCCCCCUCCCCCUUUCCUUGCCCAUGGGAUCACCAUGUGUCCUCUCCUGGCUUGCCACCUCUGUCAGGGGUAUCAGCUUCCAUGUGCCAACUCCCCGGCUCUGGCACCAUUCAGGAAGGCAGGCUCCGGCCUGAACUGGAGGAGCCACACGGCCGAGCAAGAUUAGCCAGUCUCUGCCAAGCACCGCCAUGGUAUCAACUUUGCCCUCCCCCCUCCCCAGCCCCUGCCCUACUGAUGCCUCCACCCUGCUUGGCAGGAGCCUUGGAAGCUUUCCCAGAUUGUGCCAAAUGGACCAGGCCUCAUGCUCGUCUCAGGGGAGCAAGUCUCAGGCUUAGCCACAUGUUUCACUGGUGAGCGCAGAGAGAAACUUCUGUCCUAAGUGUCCCCCCUGCAGGAUUUAGGAUCGAGGCAGCAAGAGCCCCGGUGCCCAGUGGGGACCAUGGCUAAAUGUUGAGCCCCUUUCUUGCCCAGGUCGGGGCUGGUGUUACUUUGUCACUGUCUCCCCAGGGGCAGGUGGUGCCCACGGCCCUGCCCUGGCCCCUGUGCUGAAGCCCCUUCCUGGGCGCCCACCGCAUGUUCCCAGCCUCCCUCCUACCUGUCCUGCUGCUGCUGCCGCUGUGCAGUGUGUAAUGUGUCCCCCCCCCCCACCUGGGGCUGGGUCUGUGUGUGACGCCCCUGCUACCAUCGCGCCUACCUCCCCACCACCAACACUCCAUGUGCGUUUCUUUGCCGAUUUUUGAAUGUGAUUUUAAAGAGUGGAAAAAAAAAAGAUCGAGUUUUUAUAAAAAAAAAAAAUGGUA